AUGACAUCCAAGUACGACGAGAAAGACAUUAAAUUCACCAAGCAUUUCAUCGAUGGUGAUUUUCGUGAUUCCAAAUCCGGAAAGUACUACGAGCUGUACGAUUUAUUGAAAGACAAGUCGUGGAUAAAGGUGACAGAAGGUGAAAAAUACGAUGUUGAAGUGGCCGUUACAGCUGCCUAUCGUGCAUUUGACUAUGGCACCGAAUGGCGUAAAUUGGAUCAUACUCAACGCGGCCGCCUUUUGUACCGUUUGGCCGAGCUGUUGCAACGUGAUUUUGACUACUUAGCUUGGUUGGAGACGAGAAACACCGGCAAAACGUUGGAAGAUUCCAAAUUCGAUGUGAAACGCAGCAUUGACUUUCUGCGUUACUAUGCCGGCUACACCGACAAAUUCUGGACUCGUACCGAUCGCGACAAGGAUGACUACUUUGAGUUCACGACCAAAGAACCACUUGGCAUCAUUGGAUUGCUUGGCGAUCACAUCGACCCACUCUGGACGUUUAUUCGUCAAAUUGCUACAGUUCUGGCUGGUGGAAAUACUUUGGUUUAUAAACCAUCGUACAAAACUCCAUUGACCACUCUCUACAUCGCCAAUUUGAUCAAUGAAAUCGGUUUUCCAAAAGGUGUGGUUAAUAUUGUGACUGGCAAAGGAACCAUCGUUGGCGAAGCACUCGGCUUGAAUGAAUACAUCAAACAUAUUACGUUCACUGGUCGCCGUGAAAUUGGAAAACUCUUCUACAACUAUGCCGGUCAAUCCAAUUUCAAAACGCUCAAAUUCUUCUUCACCGAAAAGACUCCAUUGUUCGUGUUUGAUGAUGCUACUAUCGAUGACGCUGCUUUGAUCGCUCAUCACGCUGCAUUCUUCAAGGACGGUAAGAGCAGAUAUCGGCCCGUUCGCAUUUACGUUCAAGACAAUAUUUACGAUAAAUUUGUGAAACGCAGCAUUGAAUUGGUACAAAAACGUCGCCUUGGCGAUCUCUUCGACAAGGACGUUCGCGUUGGUUCAUUCAUCGAUGAAUGGCACUUCAAGAAAUUCUUGGACUAUGUUGAAAAGGCCAAGAAAGAUGGAGCUAAACUCGAGUUCGGUGGAAAACGUUUUGGAACUACUGGAUGGUUUGCUGAGCCAACCAUUUUCUCCGAUGUUCGUGAUGGCUGUAAAUUCCUUUUGGAUUACGAGGUGUACGGACCGAUCCAGCUCAUCACUCGCUUCAAGAAAUUCGAAGACAUUCCAGACUACUUGAGAAAAUGGAACUACGACCGCACCAUAGGUGUCGUUUCGAAAGAUUUCGGCCGAUUUAAACUACUCGAGCGCCGCCUUGACGUAAAUCUUUUCUUCUACAAUUCUUGGCAUGAUUUCAAACCAUACUUGAAGUACCAAGAGAGACAACAACAAGAUUUUGGUGACUAUUUCGAUCAGGAAUACUUUGAUCGCGAUGCCAUCGAAUACUAUUUGAAGAAGAAAACCAUAGACGGUCUCUGGGAAACACGUAAAUACGAUACCUACACGUGGUGA